AUGGUCGAUCGGCCCAACAAGCCCUCGGCUUUGGCCAGUACCCCCGGCCUGCCACCGCAGGCCCAGGUCAGCAUCUCGCAUGCUAACAGCCGUGUGACGGCUGUGCUGCCCACCGGCGAGAGCGUCGAGAUUCUCCUGUACGGCGCUACAAUCAUUAGCUGGAAGGAUAACACAGGUGAUGAGAAGCUGUGGGUGAGCGACUCUGCCAAGUUGGAUGGCACCAAGGCAGUGCGCGGCGGUAUCCCGCUGGUCUUCCCGGUCUUCGGCCAAGCCCCCGACCACGAAGCGACCUCCAAGCUGCCGCAACACGGCUUUGCACGGACCUCGAACUGGGAGUUUCUGGGCAAGUCGACGUCUGAGUCGGCACCCAAUGCUACAACCGCAGACCUCUCCGUCAAGCUCGACUUUGGCCUGAGCUCCGCCAACCUCGACGACAAGACCAAGGCCCAAUGGCCAUAUGCCUUCGGCCUCAUCUACAGCGUCACCCUCGACCGCGAGGCCCUGACCACAAGCCUGAUCGUUACCAACGAGGGAGACAAGCCGUUUGACUGCCAGGUGCUGAUGCACACAUACUUCAAGGUCAAAGACAUCACCAAGGUCGAAGUGACGGGUCUCGAGGAUUCGGAGUACCUUGACAAGGUGGACAGCUUGAAGGCGAAGAAGCAGUCGGCCGCGGUGACGAUCACGGGCGAGACGGAUCGCAUCUACACGCCCGCCAAGGGUCCCAGCUCGCCAGUGGUCAUUGAGGAAGGCGGCAAGAAGGUCUACAGUGUCGUGCGUGACAACCUUGAUGACCUGGUCGUCUGGAAUCCGUGGGUCGACAAGGCCGCCGGCAUGUCUGAUUUUGGUCCCAAGGAUGGCUGGAAGGACAUGAUCUGUGUCGAGGCCGGCUCCGUCAAGGGCUGGCAGACUCUCGAGCCGGGUGAUGCGUUCGAGGGUGCGCAGACGAUUAGUGCGUUGUGA